UUCUCACAUAGGCGCCUCUUCCUCCGUGUACGUACCUCCGUCCGGAUAUAUUUCACCUCUCCAAAUCUCGUUCUAACCUUUCGCUCGGCUGGACCGCGACCGAGUUUCAGGUCGCGUGACAUCGCCGACGCCGAGAAAUCCCAUUUUCCGCGUUCGUCGUCCGAGGUCUGUCGAGGCCGCGCAAUGGCAAUGCGUUUAAAGUUUCAAAGCGCAGAUAAGCGAGCAAACGGAAAACGACCACAUGGAUGGCCUCCGCGCCGCGAGCAAGCCCUACGGGCUCAAUGCCUCAACGCGAUAUGCAUUAAGGACACCCAUCGUUCUUGCGCUACCCUUUAAUCCUGUGUGUGUGUGUGUGUGUGUGUGUCUUUCUCGCAGCCUACUCAACGCCUACAAAACGCCACUGUUCCACGAGCGAUGUGGAUCAGGUUGCAACAUAUAUUUUUUAAUAAUAUGGAUUGUAUUCGUUAUUAAAAACUCUAAAAAACAAGAUGAAUACAACCCAAUAUUAUAUGCGUAUGCGUCUAUGAUCUUUCCUUCACAUUUGCUCUAAUUGUAAGUUAUUCCCUUUCUUUCCUCAUGCGAUAGAUUUAUCGCGUCAUGUGCGAGCGAGUGCUCGCUUAUCUUUAUGCGCGAACUUUGUAAGAAGAAAAGUUUCAGCUCAUUAUUAACGCAGGAAAACGAUUUAACAGCUUCUGAAAGACGUGUCGUUCUCGUUGAAAAAAUGAAUUAAGUAAACUCGCGAGUGAAUGCAAGUAUACGUAUAUCAAAGUUUCAGCUUCGUCUAGUACAUAUUUAUCUUUCUGGGAUGUGACUGCGAAAGGAUACAACUUUCACAGUUACGUCUCGAAAAAUUUAUGAAACCGUUCCACCAACAGAAAUCUGAAGAACGCUGCAUGGAGAAUAUCUCGUGCAGAUUUACGAGAUUUAUAUCAUAGAUUCCGAUAUUUAUAAUUAAGACAAAAACUGACCAUGCACGUCAGUUUUAUGGGACGCUGUGGCGUUUAUUUAAAGCGAGCAAUGUAAAACGCGAUUGCACGUGUUUCCGGUCUAAACAAAGAACGAAAAAAUCCGAUGCUCGAACGAGAAUCCGCUGAAAGAAAUUUCACCGCAGACUAGCCGCAUGUGCGCGUGCAUCAGGUGAUGGCAUCGUGACCUUUUCACGUAUGCAAAGUCAGCAUAACGGCACUCGGGUCGUAGCUUUAAUUGUUACGCCAAUUAAUGUACGUAGCAGAUCCACGUAUUGUGCAGUUCGUCAGUCUUACGCGCGCGAAUAGAACGAACCCUUUUGCCUUGCCCCACCUCCCCUCCAACGGGAUCGUCACUUACAGUUACGCGAAAACCGCUAAUGUUGUAAUUCAAUUAAUUGUUUUUUGCCAGAUAUCGCGAGUAAAAGUGACAAAUUCUGUACAUGUAUAUUCUCCGUUGAAAAAUAGUUGUUAACAUCUUUAACAAUUGAAUUAUUCUUAAUAACAAAUCGAAACACAUUUCCUUCAAAAAUCGAGUUUUCGAUUUCGAGCGGCUGUUUCGUUAUCGCCGAGUCGUAAGAAUUACGUAAUGCGUUUUACGUGAACGAACGUAAUACGUUUUUCAGCACGACAAUCACGAAAAAUUCACGGCUGUUGCACGUGUCAUACUUCCCUUAUUAUCUAUAGAAUAACAACAUUGUUUUUAAACAACAUCGGGAUGUGAUAGAAAUUAUUUCCGUCAAUAGACACUUGAAGAAUUGAUAUAGAAGAUUUUUAAUAGAGAAGAAACAUUUGAUUCAUUGAAGGCUAAUGUUUCAUUUUUACAACACUUUUUAUGAUGAAUAAAAUUUCGACAAAUAUCAAGGAACGUUCAUUUUUUUAAUCUAAUUAAUUUUACGCAAAUUAAGAUGUAUCAUGACAAAAAAAUGAUCUUAUGUUUAUAUAACGCAUUUUCUCAAUGGAGAAUGAGAAAUUCUUUCAAGUUAUAAAAGUUGAUCGGAUUUUAGGGACAUUGCGAUUAAGGACAUUUGCUGACCGUCUUAAUAUUUACGCUAAUGCUGAAUCGACAUUCCAGAGCUUCCGGUGCCGCUAAUGCGGAUUGCGUACAUAUGCAUGCUGUGCGAAAGUGCAAGUUCGCGAUAAUUGAUGAUUUCCCCAUUUCGACGGCGAAACGAGGCUAAGGUUAUCGAAUUAUUUUUAUUCGUUAUAUAUAUAUCCUUUUACACGUUCGUAAUCUCGUUUAGUUUUUCGUCACAACGUUGACACACGUAGCGCAUAAAAGACAGAAUGCAGUAAGUUCUAAAUGAAUAAUGAACUUUGUGCAAUUGUGAUUUCAUCUUGGAUUCAGCUUGUAUGUUCUCUAUUUGAUCGCUAAACAGCGAAAACUUCCGAGUACGUAAUGUGAAGAGGACCCACGCAUCGCAGACUGCUUCUAUAUUUGGUACAAGUUACCAAGUAUGUCUAACGUUGAAGAUAUAUCAAUUAAUUUCACUCGUUAAUUAUUUUUUUAAUAUUAAAUUAUUAUUAGCUGGAACUGCCAUCAUCAGAAAACAAGUUUGCACACAUUGUAAAAUAUAGUGAUAAUUUGUUGCCAAUUUGUUAUUCUAUUCUCAAUGAAAUGUUUUAAAAAACUUUUCACAUUAAAUCGCGCGCGCAGAAAAUCAACGUUAUAGGAUUGACUUAUAUAAUUUCUCAAGUACCGCCGUGUUAUAUGUAUAUCAUUCUGCAUUGCAGUAGAUAUUUAUAUUACAAAUCCACUUAUUUAUAUUAACUACAGCCGAAACUUUUACCACACAUCAGAACUUCCAAGUGCAAAUAAAAUUAUUAGAACUUUUUCAGUUAAAAAGAAUUAAUGAUUAAUCGUAACAAAUCAAACAUAGAUAAAUAUGUGUGCAUAAACGAGAUUUAUCGCAGUCUUGAAAAUAUAGGGCGCAUGCACCGAUCCGAGCUGUGUCCGAGAGCCGCCUAGCUUUUGCAUUUCGACAAAUAAUCUACUGUCACGAAGGUGGGCGGCGCGACUUGUAUAAGCGCGUAUACGGCAUUGUGCAAACCGAGUUUCACGUGCCGCAAUAGAUUGCUACAGUGCAGUGUCGCGUAUUCGAGUGUGCUUCGAUGACGCAAGAUACGGGAAAACGUUCCGUAACUUCACGAAGCACGAAUCCAAAAACGAAAUCAAAUUCGUCCCGUAAGCGCGAGCGUGUGACGUCUUUUUUUUGCAAAAGAAAAAGAAAAAUAGCCAUAACAGUCUUUGGCCAAUACUUGAUAUUUCUGACACGAACGAGAGAAAAAGACUUCUUCUACCUCGGUUGGCAAGAGGGCGAAAUACCUCGCUAUCGUCUGCUAGUGCAAUUCGCACAGAAAACGCGCAAGGGCGAAAGGGUGACCCAGUGGCCGAGCUAUCGUGAGGAACCUCCCAACACGCGAAGGAUCGUUCGAUCUGCACGGAAAGAUGGAUGAAUGCUCGGUUUUCCCGAGCCAGCUCGAUCUGCCGUAUCACUACCGAGACCAAAGAUCGACUUCGGGGUCGUAUCCCCUCGGUGGCUUAUCGUUCCGAUCGAUUCGCAAAGCGAAGCGAUAGUUUCCGCGGUACAAUUUUCAUUUCCGCGCCCGUGCGCGCAAACGGAAAUAAGUCGUGCGGAUCCGACCGCCAAUUUGAGAGAUCUAUCGUGAAUGAAUCAUUAGCUUCUUGAUUGAUAAUUAAGCGAGAAUCCUCCGCAGAGGAUAUUUGGUUCAUGAAAAUGAACCAUUGCGAAAACCCGAUAGAAAGAUUUUCCGACACGAUCGCGACACGCGCGCAGUGAACUCGUAGGCAGAUGGGAAUGAUGACGAAAGGAGCGAUUCGGAAUUUCGGAAUCGAAAAUUGUCACUUAACGGUGGAUGGUUUAGUUCAUUGCUCCUAGAUGACUGGGCGAUUCCGGCAAUUCGGGUCUUGCGAUCGCAAUGAGUCACACAGUUAUGAUUAUGAUCGCAAUCACUCUGGCAUGUGUCAGUGAUAAUUAGGCAUUGUCGCGUCGACAUUCGGAUCCGAUCAGACUCCGAGAAAUUUAUUGUAACUGUAUUCUAUUGCUGAUUCGAAUGCAAAGAAAAUUAUGAAAUUAACUCGUAAAAAACGUGUGCGAAAGUAUUAAAGUCAUUAGAUGUGCAAAUUAGAUGUGCGGUACUCUUUUUCAAACGAUCUCUUUUCAUUUAAUUUUCCGAUUGUCGUACGGGUCGCUUCGUCCGAUCGCUCCACGUUUCUUUCAAUCUGACUGAGUAAUCGGAAAACGUUUUCGCAUUCGAUACAUCAUUAUUGCACGGGGAUGCAUCGCACGAUGAGAAAGCUCAGCUCUGGUCGCUCAGUUAAUCGAUCGCGAGCCUCCAAGCAUGCAAACAACUCUCUACCAGCGAUAACGGCAUAGAUGGAUCGUGCAAUCAUCGUGUCGCCGGUAUAUCCCUGACUUUGAAUUUGCCAUUGAUCUAUGGCCGUUGCGGCCAUAUACCUUCCUUCAAUUUUUCAUCGGAACGAAAUCAAGGACGCAUACGAUCGAUAAUCUAAAAAAAACAUAAGAGAACAGCGGACGCGUUUGCACGCGUUCGAACUUGUUUCGCCACUGGAAGGUGGAAGAGCCAACGAUGUCGCCGGUAGGCUUUUAAUAUCUAAAUCAACGCGAGGAGCUAGAAAACAGCGGGAUAGAUGACAAAGAGAUGGCGUCGACGAGCGGGCACAAGAGGAACGGCUCCAGCUCGAGCAUGUUCGCGCACAGGCGAACCGAGUCCGGGGGUGGCUUCGUCGGUUACAAGCGAGCAACCGAGGGUGGCCACAAGCGUGCCGAGAGUAUAUCCAGUGCCUUCGGCCACAAACGAUCCGAGAGCGGCCACAAGAGGAACGAGAGCAUCGGCGGCGCUUUCGGCCACCGGAGGUCCGAAUCCGGCAGCAAUUAUCAUUCCACCGGUCAUCGAAGGAAUGAGAGUAUGUACGCGAUGACGGGUCUCUACGCCGACAGCGCCGGCACCGGCGCUGAUAAUAACACGGACCCACUGCAGAUGAAUGGCGGCCGACUCACCCAUGACACGGUCAUCAGGUGUCACAGCAGAAAUCCGAGUUCCGGUCUCGUGGAUCACAGAGACUUUAUCAUCAAGUGUCACAGCAGGAAUCCCAGUGCUUCUAUGGUAGACAGGGCGGAGAAGGAGCGAGCGCAGACACCGCCGUUCAAUCCGGACUCCAAGGACUGUGGGAUUCUGAGUUGUAGGCCGGCCUUCGUUCAGAGAUUCGCCGGGAUAAAGGUGUUUGUGUUUCUCCUGUCGUUCCUCGUUACGUUGCAACAAGCGCUUAGCUCAGGUUACAUCAAUUCUGUGAUAACGACUAUAGAGAAGAGGUUCGAGAUCCCGUCCAGUCUGUCGGGCCUCAUCGCGAGCUCUUACGAGAUCGGCAACGUUAUCACUGUCAUCUUUGUCAGUUAUCUCGGCAGUCGCAGACAUAUACCUGUCUGGAUAGCAAUCGGCGCGGUGAUAAUGGGACUGGGAUCGAUGAUCUUUAUGGUGCCACAUUUUACGGCGGAACCCAACUUGACGACGACCGCAAAUCAUUCCAGUUCGGAUAAUAUCUGUCGCGGCGUGUCGUUACGCGAGCAAGACAAUAUGGGUCUGGGUCGUCUCUCGUCGGGAUUGUCUUCGCCUCCCUUAGCACCGCACAAUAAUCUAAGGGGCGAUAAUUGCAUACAGGGAUCCCCAUCCACGGCCGGGCCUGUUUUGCUCUUUGUAAUUGCUCAGUUAUUAUUAGGAUGCGGAGGUUCGCCUCUAUUCACUCUCGGUACUACCUACAUAGACGAUCACGUCAGGCCGGAAAGUGCAUCUUUAUAUAUUGUCUUCCUUUCAGGUUGUAUGUAUAGUAUGGCAGCCUUUGGACCAGUGUUAGGUUUUCUUCUUGGGGCAUAUCUUUUAUCCUUUCAUAUGGAUUCGUUUUCCGGCACAAUCAUAAGCAUCGAUCCCGGAGAUCAUAGAUGGGUCGGUAUGUGGUGGGGUGGAUUUCUACUUUGCGGAUUGCUCCUCAUUCUAGUGGCGAUACCUUUCUUCAGUUUUCCGAAAACGUUACAACGUGAAAAAGAGAAGAUACGAAUUAUCGAAAAAAACAAACCCAUAACACAAAAAGAAAAGGAACAACAAUCGAAAGAGAAAAUGGACGAUAGUGGUUACGGCAAAGAUGUUAAAGAUAUUCCGCGAAGUAUGUGGAGGCUCGUGUGCAAUCCAGUUUAUGUCGUGACGUGUCUAGGAGCGUGCAUGGAGCUGGUGAUUGUGUCCGGCUUCGUAGUAUUUCUGCCUAAAUACCUCGAGACGCAGUUUAGCCUGGGAAAGAGUCAAGCGAGCAUCUUUACCGGCUCGGUUGCGAUACCGGGCGCCUGCAUCGGCAUCUUUUUCGGCGGAUGUAUGCUCAAGCGCUUAGAGCUCAGGCCGAAGGGCGCGGUGCAAUUCGUUCUCGUCUCGAACAUAAUCUGUCUGGUGUGUUACGGCCUGUUGUUCUUUCUCGGCUGCGAGAACGUGAAGAUGGCUGGGACCACUAUUCCAUACUUUAACAGUAGCACAAAGGGCCCGGAGCCCUUUCAAGUGAAUCUCACUGCCGCGUGCAACUUUGGUUGCGAGUGUCGAAUGACGGACGUCGAGCCGGUUUGCGGUAACAACGGUCUGACGUAUUUCAGCCCGUGCCACGCAGGCUGCACUGCCUUCAGUUCCAAAUCAAAUUUCACAAAUUGUGCAUGUAUACACGGUAAUUUGACGGUGCUACCACCGGCAGCUCCGGAAUUUGCAGAGGUGACCGUCGUGCCAGUAGCAACCGCAGGUCCUUGUACUUCACCAUGUAGAACGAUAUUUCCGUUUCUGAUUCUUUUAUUCUUCAUGACAUUCAUCGUCGCCGUAACUCAAAUGCCACUACUUAUGAUAGUAUUACGAUCGGUUUCCGAAGAGGAGAGAUCUUUUGCCUUGGGCAUGCAGUUUGUCAUUUUUCGGUUAUUCGGCUAUAUACCAGCACCGAUAUUGUUUGGCAAUUUAAUCGACUCGACGUGUUUAUUAUGGAAAAGCACUUGUGGGGAGAAGGGUGGUCGAUGUCUGCUGUACGACAUCGAGCAAUUUAGAUACAGAUACGUCGGCCUGUGUGCUGGAAUAAAAAUUCUAGCUCUGGCGUUGUUUCUAAUCGAUUGGUGGCUAGUAAGAAGGAGAAGGCAAAUGGAAGACCAACUGCCCUCCUUUACCGUUAAUGAAUUCGUAGGGUCAAUUAUCAGUCUAGAUAAACUGUUUGAAGAGAAACCGCAUCAGAAUUUGGGAGACGGCGACGCAACUCUGCCGAGUUCCGAGAUCGCAACACCAUCCUCCAUCUCGUCACCCACCGAACCCACGAAAUCGACGAAUCUCGAGGAGACCGAGUCGUCGAAUCGGACACAAGAUUCAACGGAUACGGCGAGUCGCUCGAGAAAUACAGAAACCGAGGUCCGCGACACGAGGCAAGCGUUGCCGCUCGCUAUGCAAAAUCCGGAGUUUGAGGUCAAACCCUCGAGCGGUGUAACGGAAACUCGUAGUCGCGAUGAUUAAUGUUUAUUUUAUAUUAGAAGUUAUAGAAAUAAAUAUAUAUAUAUAUAUAUAUAUACAUAUAUACACACACACAUGUAUGUAUGUAUGUAUACCAAAUUGAUGAUAGAUAAAUUUGUGACGGAUUAUUUUACACUCUUACUUACCAAUGAAGGCUUUUAGUGUUGCAGACUCGCAUAUCCCCGUGUGCAUUGCUUAUAUCUUCUUACUGAGAAGCAAAAAGACACGUUACAAUAAUAUUCAUAGAAAGAGAGCGAAAGUUCGCACGGCGUCCGAUAUGCUCUAGUAAGAAUGUAAAUAUAAUGUACAUUUAAUUAUAUAUUUUACAUAUUUUCCUUUUUUUUUAUAGAAAUACGUAUAUACGUAUACAUAGCUGUUAUUUAUUAUUUGACAUAAUUUGUCACAAAUUUAAAUAUCCGAGUUACUUUUAGGAGAUAAUACAUCACUAGAGCAUAAAUUUUUACUGCAAUCACAUAGUGUAUACACACACACACACACAAUGUGUAGUUGGGUUAAAAACGUACAACUUGAAAUUAUAUUGCUGCACAUUUUGAUUUAUACCGUUACUACGUAUAUCAUUAACGAGAACAAAGAGAUAAAAGAAAUACGGAUGAGGUUCUAUUCUCGUCCGGAUGGAAUCCGACGAAGAAAGAAUGAGCCUUGGCGAGCGUAACGAUGAAAUUGUAAAUAUGGAAAUUCCUGCCUUAAGAAAUACAAGACUAGAGAGAUACAAAUGUAUAUUUAAAAAGUAAUGAAUUAACAAGUACCAGAACUAACGAUCUAUAUAUGAUAUCACUAGAUGCAGAACGCGGAACAAAAAGCUACGAUUUAUUUUAUGACUUAGGGUUAGAAUUCUCGAAAGAAAACAGGUAGUCAAUUUAGCAUAGUAAGAUAAACAGAGAAUUAACGUAACAAGUAAAACGUGAAUAAUCUCUCUUGUUAAAUGACACGUUGAUCUGUAUUUUAUAUUUUUCCGUAGAUUAUACAAGUAUUACUGUAAAAGCCUACGCUAUCGAUGCAAGUAUCGCACGUGAUCUCUUAGCCUCCGUUUUCCUUUCACUCUUCUUUGCUGAUUUAAUCAGUUGUUCCCUAAGGACGUUUCCGAUAGAAAGUAAUGAGUCACCAUUCUAUACACGCGUACAUGAUACGAAUGCUUCCAAGCAACGAAAACUGAAAACUCGGAUUUGCGGGAAUCGAGGAAUAACCGGAAUUAAAUUUCUUUCUCACAAAUGAAUCCUCUGGCUUUACGCAAACAACUCGCUCUCUACGUGGAGCGUUAUUUGCUUCGUACCUGAAAGCCUCUCUCGAAUCAAUUUCGAUGUAAAAGGAAACUAUAUGAAAUUACUCAGGAAUGAAAUUCUACAGAGGGUAGAAACGCUCCUAAUUUAACUAUCAAUAUAGAAUUCACAAAUAUAUAUACCGUAUAAAGAAGAGGAAGAAGAAGAAGAUUAUAGCAUUAUAGCAUUAUAGAGGAGAUACCUAUAAGCUUGCGCUUUGAUUCUCAUUCUCAAUGAAAGAUACGUAGUACGAGAGAUUUGACCGUAAUUAAAAUACAUUAACCGAUCGAUUUGCAUAAUUUUCUGUAUCCUCUGUGCUGUUUGCCUCGACAACAAAGUAAAUUUUGCGUCUAGACGCAGAAGCGUUACAUUUCCGAAAAUGUCAUGUUUAAUGUAAAAACUUGGUCACGGACGACGACCGUUCGCUCCAGUUUUGAAAAGAGCGAUGCGUGUAACCUCCAUAUAACUUUACCUAUUAAAAUACUAAAUACAUAUACAUACGUACAGACAUACAUGUAUGUGUAUGUGUGUGCGUGCGUGCGUGCGUGCGUGCGUGCGUGCGUGCGUGCGUGCGUGCGUGCGUGAAUGUGUGCCCAAGUAGUAAAGUGACGUCUUGUCACGUGUAUGUAUACAUCUAACUUUGUGAUAUAAAUCUCUUCCCAACGGUAACUUUUGAAGAAGAUAGUAGAGAGUAAUAACAAGUGCUGUGAAUAGAGAGAAAAAAAAUGCGUUAAAUCAAAUUCGAUUCGAUUUACAUGCCGAGAAACGAAAGAAAAUGCGGACAUAUUCACGUGGGACAUAUUUUGUCCGAAAUAAUCGUACUGUAGAUAGUUAGCGAUUUACAAGAUGACAGAUCUGAGAAAACGCAUGCAUCGCAUCGUAAUACAAAAGAUCUCGUUCGUGAGGUUGCCAUGAUAGAUCGAUAGUGUAUUGAGAAGACUAGAGGGAAAGUGAUGGUACGGCGUAAACAAUUUCGAAGAAUUGAUUAAUUCGCGCGUAAUCCAUAAUUUCUAGCUGAUAUCUUUCAACGAUGUUACUUAAAUAGAAUUUAUUGCGUGACUACGGGUGCCCGAAAGCGAAGACGAAGAAAGUACUACCCCGAUUAGCGAUUUUUCAAAAAUUCUUUAUAUAAGUUGCUAUCGCACGAGAAGGUGUAUCGUCGACGAGCUUUCGAAUCGUUCAGUGUGUUAAUGGGUGGACAUAACAUAAAUAUAUAUUUCCAUUACCAGAUUUCUUUUCACCAAAUCUUUCUGAUUUUCUCAUCUUCCGUUUCUGUUUAGUUAACAUCAGGUUCGACUAUCUCAUUGCGUUGCGCAGUUAUUACUAUUACUACUUACUACUACUAAUACUGCUAUUAAUACUGCUAUUAAUACUGCUAUUAAUACUGCUAUGAUAGUCGAUAAUAACAGUAGAUUUUUGAUCGGGUGCAUUUUGGACAUUUCGUUGUAAUUCCUCAAAUCGCCACAUUCCAUGCGCAUGUGUGCACGUGUUGACACGCGCAACGGAGAAAGUAAGAGAAGGAACGAUCAAGUAUUCACUAGAGAUCAUACUACAUUUAAAUGAAAACUGUUAUGUACAUAUUAUAUGAUUAUUACGAUAACGUAAGAUACUGCUUAUAGAUGUAAUGUAUUUUUUGUAGGGACCAUAAUGUAAGCCGAAUGUAUAUAAUGUUACGAUUAGCACUAAUGAGUGAUAACGAGCUAAUAAUUGAUAAUCUAUCGUAUUUACGAAAGCAAUAUGCAAUGAUCGAUCGUGACGCGGAAAUUAACAAGGACAUAUUAAGAGAAACUUGUCGGAGUAAACGUCACCAUUACGUUUUCUCUCGGAUAAUUUAUCUUCAACGAUUUCAAUUAAGCGAGACGAUGUGCUUUUUGUGAAACAUCGCUCGAAACACAUGGUCGAUAUAUGAAGAAGGGGUGUGAUACAGAAAAUAAUAGAAAAUAUCCAACGAUGCGGCAGAUUUUUAGAGAUUUAUGAAAUUUCGAGUGCGUGCGUGUACGCGCACAGUAUACGUUUGAGGCGUUUGCACAAUGAAACGGUUCGAUCCGACAGAAUACUAUUCCAUGUAGUACAGAGAUAUCGCGCAUAUUUCACGAGAAUUGCAAUACUAAGUUGUUUAUAACAUUAUGUAGAUAAAAAGUGAUGGAAUGUCACAUGAUUGAAAUAUUUACGUAAAUCAAUUGGUCAUAUAUUACGUUAUAUGCACGUUAGAAAGAAAAUUUAGUUAGCCUCUCUCAUUCUCAUGAUUACACAUAGACGAAAAGAAAAAUUCAAUAGAACAAAUUCGUAACGUGACUCUCUAUUGGGAUUACCAGCAAAAGCUUUUUCGCCUCUUAUAAUUUAUUUCUUUUUUUACAAAACUAAAAUGGAUAUAUUGUACUUUAGCGAUUUUCGGAGAAUACAUAAAACGGACAUAGCUUUUGCACACGGUACGCGAUAAGAGCCAAUAGCUACAAUCGAAUCGAAAAAGACAGUAGCGACUAUUAUAGUGAAACUUCCGUUUCGACUCGAGAAAACAGAUAAUAAUCAUAAUGAUCGAAAUCGCCUUUUUCUUGACUUGUAUACAAGCCUAAUUUUUGGAAUUAAGGCACGAACAAACAAUGUAUUUACAAUGGAAUAAAUGUUUUGAAAACUGUUAUCUGAAA